AUGGAUAUGGACCCUGAACUCUAUGGUCUUAGAAGAUCAAGCCGCACAGCGACCAAAAAACAUAAUGUAAAUUAUAAGAUGUCGUCUUCUUCAUCUGAUGAAGAAGAUUAUGAUAAUAUUACUCGUAAAAGGAAAAAAGCAACAUCCUCUGUUAAAAAAUCCAAAACUAAAAAAUCAAGAGUAAAUGAAUUGCAAGAUGGUUGGGGUGGUUCUAAUUCAAAUGACAGUUCAUCGUCACAUACCAGCAAAGAUGCUUCUUCACAGUUUGAAUCUUCAGAUGAUCAAGAAUGGCAUUCUUCUUCAAGAGCCACAUCAUCUAAAAGAAGUAAAACUUUUAUCAAUGCAAAUGAUUAUAUUAUUGAAAAUAGAUAUUCCCGAAGAAAUAGAACUGUAAAAAACUACAACGAGGAUGAGUUAGAUAAACAACUUGAACUUGAAGCCGACUAUGAAGAUGAUGAUCCUCAAUCUUAUGAAAAUCUACAACCAGAAGAAGAAGAGAAUGUUAUUGAGAGCAUACAUGACAUCAGAAGAAUAGAAGGAGGGAAUAAUUCUGAUGAUCCAGAUGAUCCUAAAACAAACAUGGAAUUUUUAAUAAAAUGGAAAGGAUGGAGCCAUAUGCAUAAUACUUGGGAAACUUUUGAAAACUGUCGUGGUUUGAGGGGCUUUAAAAAAUUGGAAAAUUAUAUCAAAAAUUAUUUGUCUGAACAAUAUUCAUUGCACGAGAGUCCCGAAGACAAAGAAACCCUUAAUGUAAGGAUGGAAAUGUCUAGAGACAUGUUAAAAGAUUACAAGACGGUUGAAAGAAUCAUAUCAAAAAAAGCAACAUCACCUACCGAAGAUAACCCUCAUUCUGGUAUUGAAUACUUGUGCAAAUUCAAACGUUUGUCUUAUCAAGAUUGUACCUGGGAAUCAACCGACCUUAUUCAAAGUGAAUUUAAAUCUGAAAUUGAUGCCUUCAAUCAUCGAAACAAUAACCAAAAUAUCCCACAUAAAAGCAAAAUUUUUACAAAAAAUAGGCCGCUCUUUAAACCCAUGACGCAACAACCUUCUUAUUUAACCGGCGGUGAAUUAAGGGAUUUCCAACUUACUGGACUAAAUUGGCUUGCUCAUUUAUGGACUCGCAAUGAAAACGGUAUUUUGGCUGAUGAAAUGGGUUUAGGGAAAACGGUCCAAACAAUCUCCUUUUUAUCUUACCUGUAUCAUUCUUUGGAGCAGUAUGGUCCUUAUUUGAUAGUAGUUCCUUUAUCAACAAUUGGCUCCUGGCAAAAUGAAUUUCAAACUUGGGCACCAAAUCUUAAUGUUAUUUAUUAUACUGGUCCUUCCCAAAGUCGUGAAGUAAUAAGAGAACAUGAAUUUUAUGUUUCGUCAUCAUCAAGAAGAUUAAAAUUCAAUGCCUUGGUAACAACCUAUGAAUUCAUUCUUAAAGAUCGUCAAGAAUUAGGAAAUAUUAAGUGGCAAUAUUUGGCAGUUGAUGAAGCACAUCGGUUGAAAAACAGUGAAUCACAACUCCAUGAGGUUUUAUCUACUUUUAAUACUGCCAAUCGACUUUUAAUAACAGGCACACCAUUGCAAAAUUCUGUUAAAGAACUAUGUGCACUGGUUAAUUUUCUUAUGCCUAAUUUUUUGAUCACCUCCGAUAUUGACAUUGAUGCACCAGACGAGGAACAAGAAGCAAAAAUUCGUGAACUUCAUAAAAGUCUUGAGCCCCAUAUGCUUAGGCGUCUAAAGAAAGAUGUAGAAAAAUCCCUUCCACAAAAAACCGAAAGAAUACUUAGAGUUGGGCUUUCACCAUUACAAAUGCAUUAUUAUAAAAAUAUUCUUACCAAAAAUUUUGAUGUACUUAAUGAAGGUGUUACUGGUUCCUCACAAAUGAGUUUAUUGAACAUUGCCGUUGAAUUGAAAAAAGCCAGCAAUCAUCCAUUCUUAUUUCCUAAUGCUGAACCUCCAACCAUCACUAGAGAAGAUCAACUAAGAGGUUUAAUCAUGAAUAGUGGGAAAAUGGUAUUAUUAGACAAGUUGCUCACCAGAUUAAAGGAAUCCAGUCAUCGUGUUCUUAUAUUUUCUCAAAUGGUUCGUAUGUUAGACAUUUUGACUGAUUAUUUGAGGUUACGAGGAUAUCAACAUCAGCGUUUAGAUGGCAGUGUUCCUUCGGAAGCUCGUAAAAAAGCAAUUGAAAAUUUUAAUGCACCGAAUUCAGUGGAUUUUGUUUUUCUUUUAUCAACCAGAGCUGGAGGAUUAGGUAUUAACCUCAAUACAGCCGACACAGUAAUAAUAUUCGACUCGGAUUGGAAUCCACAAAAUGAUCUUCAAGCAAUGGCAAGAGCACAUCGGAUUGGUCAAAAAAAUCAUGUAAAUGUCUAUCGAUUUGUAACUAAAGAUACUAUAGAAGAAAGUAUUCUUGAACGUGCAAAACGUAAGAUGGUUUUGGAGUAUUGUAUUAUAAAACAAAUGGAUACAUCUGGUAAAAGCAUUUUGCAGAAAAAUGCCAAAACCACCAAGACAUCUGACAAUUUUAGUCGUGAAGAAUUAUCUGCAAUUUUAAAAUUUGGUGCACAAAAUAUGUUCAAAGAGGGAGACAAUUCUAAAAAGCUUGAUGAUAUAGAUCUUGAUGAUAUACUUGCACGCGCUGAAACUCACGACACUAUUGGUGACCAAGGUAGUAGUAGUUUUGGUGGCGAAGAGUUCCUUAAGCAGUUUCAAGUUGCGGAUUUUGGUGGUGAUAAUUUGAGCUGGGAUGAGAUAAUUCCAAAAGAAGAGAGAGACAAACUUUCCUUAACUCAAGAGUCGAAUCUGAAUCUGAUUAUAAAAAUUCAAAGAAAAGAUCAAGUUCUAGCCACAAAAAGAAAGGAAACUAACAAUAAAAAAGGUGUGAAUGGUGCAAAAAAAAGACAUUUAUCCGAUGCCGAUGAAUCUGACAGUGACCAACCUUCUAUUAGGCGUGGCACAUCCAGCUCAAGAAAGGAAUUAAGUCAAAAAGAAAUCAGAGCACUUAUUAGAGCAAUAAUGAAAUUUGGUGAUAUACAUCAACGUUAUGAUGACAUAGUCACAGAUGCUGAAUUGACGGGGAAGGAUAGUGAGAUUUUGAUAAAGACGUAUGACGAACUUUAUGCUAAUUGUGAAUCUGCAAUAAAUUCUCACGAAGAGUUAAAUGACUCACAUUCAAGUUCUCGUGGCAAAGCGAUUAUGACUACUUAUCGAGGAAUCGAGAAAAUUAACGCUGGUUCAUUUAUACAAAGAAUUAUAGACCUUCGAGCAGUUAACACUCUUAAAGAAUGGGGUCAAGAGGAAGAUUCCUUACUUAUCUCAGGAAUAUAUAAACAUGGAUUUGGAAACUGGCGUGCUGUUCGUGAAGAUUCAGAUUUAGGCCUUAGAGAAAAGCUAUCCGUUGAUGAGGAUGAUGCUUCUCUACGAACCUCCAAUAUAGCAAAGGUAGUUCGCAGAGCGGAAUAUUUACUGAAGGUGAUUAGAGAAUGGACUCGUAAAUUUAAGGCUCAAAAUGACAUUAAAGGUAAAAAGGCAGUAACCAAGUCUUCGACUGAGGAUGAACCCAAUGAAGAGUCAAUAAACCGUAUAUGCAAAGAACUGCUGCGUCCAGUUAAAGAUAGUCUCCAAUGGCUAAAAAAAGAAUCAAUAAAAUAUGAGGGAAAAGAAAAGGCCAGAUUGAUUAAAGAGCACAUGAAAAAAAUCGGAUCUAGAAUUGAAGGGAUCCUUUUUGAAAGGUCUGUCGGGGAACGAGAAGAGUGCAAACAUAAUCUAUGGAGAUUUGUUACUUAUUUUUGGCCACGUGAAGUUGAUGCAGAUAAAUUGAUUGUUUUAUAUCACAAACUUAUUGCUGCUGAAUCAGAAAAGAAUUAG